ACUACUACUAUUACUAUUACUACUACUACUACUACUGCUGCUGCUGCUGCUGCUGCUGCUGCGGCUGCUACGACUAUGACGACGAGUUUUGCUACUAGUUCUGCUAGAAAUAACAGUCAAAUUUCCCUUAUAUAUCACACUUUGUCAAUGGAGAAAGCGAGCAUAGCACAUUGGAUAACGUAGUACUCGAUACACCAUUAUUGAAAGAAGUGGUCUGCUCGACCAGGGCUGAAUAGAACACCAACACCAACUACUACUACUACUGCUACUACUAUUAUAAGGCGAUGACGGCUACUUGUAGUUAAGAGAGCCCUGGAGUGGUCUCCCAUUCCGCUAGAAAUAGUAGCCUAAAUCUCCCUUGUAAUACGGUCUGUCGACAGAGAAAAUACGAGAGGGAUAUUGGAUAAUGUAGUCCAAGAUACACUAUGCAUGAAAGAAAAAGGAGAAAAAGAAAGAAAACACGCAAACAGGAUAGUCAAGGCUAGAGCGCCUUUGAUCAGUGGCUUUUCUCAAUUUCGAUCAGGAUUGAACGCAAGCUAAACAUCGUCUCCACCACCACCACCGUUAAUCAUACUUCCACCAACAUCAUCACCACCACCGCCGCCAUCAACAACAACAACAACAAUACUAUUACUAUUACUAUUAUUAUUACUAUACUACUACUACUACUACCCCAACCUGCUAUUAUGUUGCCGGAUGACAACUUCCACUAACAUUCUUUAAGACUGGUCCUACACACACAAAGUUGCUUUACACAUACAUACGUACAGACAGGAAUACACAGUCAACUCACAUAGAUAUAUAUAUAUAUAUAUAUGUGUGUGUGUGUGUAUAUGUGUGUAUAUAUAUAUAUAUAUAUAUAUAUAUAUAUAUAUAUAUAUAUAUAUAUAUAUAUAUAUAUAUAUAUAUAUAUAUAUAUAUAUAUAUAUAUACAUAUAUAUAUAUAUUUAUAUACAUAGAUACACACUGCAUGGCACAUACAUCAACGUAAGCCGGAUAAUCUUAUACACACACAAUUUUACACACGUAUUGAGACGCACUGUUACUUUUAAGUUUCUUUAAAACAACCAUCACCAUGCGGACGUAUAUAUAUAAGGUCUGACAAUAUAUAUUUUUUAAAAAUUUUUGUGAACUUCUAAAUGGGAAGAAUGAAAACGAAGGAUGUCUAGGAAUAACAACAACAAUAUUGACGAUAUACAAAGUUGUUCCUGUGUUUUCUGCCCCUAGCGUGUCUUGAACACAAAAAGUUUUAUCGAUAUUCAGGGAUUAUAAAAAAAAGAAGAAAAAAAAAACAUCGCUGAUUCACUGAUUGAUGUUACCGUGGAAAUAGGUUUUUAAAUUGUUUUCCAACUUCAUUACGAUAUUCACGUUUAUAACAAUUGUAUUCAAAUAAAUGCACACGAACAAACACAAAUAUAUAUAUAUAGGCAUACACAUGUAAUAUAUGUAUAUAUAUUUAUAUUUAUGUAAUGUAUGUACAUAUUUAAUUAAAGGCCUUGCAUGUAUAUAAGCGUGUGUUUGUGUGUAUGUAUAUGUGUGUGUGUGUAUAAUUGAAUGUAUGACUUAUAAUAAUAAUAAUAUACAUAUUUAUAUUAUGCAUUAUUCUAGAGUAAUGAGUGUGAAAUUGACAAUAAAAAAAUAAAUUUCUGAUUGAAAUUUACACAUACACAUAUACAGACAGACAUAUAUACAUGCAUACCCACGUAUAUGCAUACACACAUACAUAACACAUGAAAAUUUAUAUAAGUUUGCGUCCACGCGUGAGUAUGUAUAUUUAAUAUAAUAUAAUGCAUAUUAUAGGUAAUAUACACACUUGCUUAUGUUAGCACAUUGACCAAAUGGAAUUUCUUGCGAUUCACUUUACCAUAUCGGAGGAAGUACUCUUAACCAAAUUCUGAAGAAAUCAAUAACCAAAAUAUUUAUUGGAUGUGUACAACACGUGGAAUUUUACACUGCUUAUCAACAAAACAGGGAAAUUAUGACGACAGAAAACUAUAUUAACAGUUCUACUACAUCGGAACCGGCCCCUAGUGCGGAAGCAGUAGGUGAGGGAAUCGUACUCAUCAUCAUCUGUUUGUUUGCGUUUUUCGGUAAUACUUUGUUAUGUACAGUAAUACUAAGGACACGUUCGUUAAGAAACAGCUCAACAUAUUUGAUCCUUUGUCUUUCUAUAUCGGAUAUCGUAGUCACUGUGGUGAAUAUGCCAUUGACCAUUUUCUCUAUAUUCAAAGGAAUUUGGCCAUUCACGGAGGAUGAUUGUGUUGCGUUGGGCUACAUAAAUAUGGUUAGUUUUAUUGCCAGUGUCAUGUCUCUCACUGCCAUAAGUCUGAACCGCUAUUUUAGAAUAUGUCGUUCCCUGCACUUCAAAUCGAUGUUUACUUUCAAGAAGACAAUGAUGAUGGCUUUUGUUGUUUGGGUUGUAUCCUGUUUACUAGCAGCGCCACCUCUCUUCGGAUGGAGUAAGUAUGGAUACCUGAGGAACCAAUCAUUUUGUUUCUGUGAAUGGAAGACAUCAACAUCGUAUACGUUCUUCAUGAUUGGAAUGUGUUUUUGCGUUCCUUGUAUCGUCAUGUCGUUCUGUUACGUACGGAUUAUCACCUCUGUUCGAAACAGCAAUCGCAGAUUAAUGAGCCUCGAUCAAAGACUUAGUGCCUCGUAUGUCGAUAUGGAAAGCGAAAACCAAAAAGUUGAAUCGCCUACGAUUUUGCGUGACACAGCCUCUGAACCGGAAAGAAUUAGAAACGGUACUCUUGUACAUGUUGACCCCCUUUCUGUGAAAAAGUUAACUGAUUAUGCUACAACUCUGAGACAAAACUUAGCGCUUCAACAAAAACAAAACAACGCAAACAGCGAGUGUGGGUCCCCUGAAUUCAGUGAAAGUGAUAAAUGCCCCAGAUGCCAAGAUCCUAGCCUCCACCCAGUGAAGGAAGAUUGCACUAUCUACAGUGAUUCCGAUGACAAUGUAAAUAUUACCACGCAGUUUACCAAUGGUAUCCCUCUCACCAAGCGAAAUAUGUCUUGUGAAACAAUUUUGAACGUUAGUUCCCCUGAAACACAGUCACCAAACAGCCAAUCACCAACCGUUCAGUCACCAACACCCAAGUCACGAACCCUUCCAGCAUCAAUCAACCACAUAGCUGAAACUCAAUUCCCAACAUCUCACUCAUCAUUUAAUCAUUCAUCAUCAGAUAUACAUUCACCAGUUAUUCGGUCGUCUGCAUCAAGCUCCCCGGUCGCUCGCUCACCUGAAACCAGCUGGCAUCAUACAGCAAGUGACGGUGUCUGUGAGAAUGGAAGCAUGGUCAACGUGAAGAGCGAUGAUGAAGUGAACGAGAUAAAACCUCAUCUCACUGAAUCAGACACGGCAAGCCAGGAGAGUGUAACGAUUCAGUCGAAUGGGGACGUCGAAGAGCCUGUUACGUUUUCAUUAGCUGGCAAUGAUGAGGUAAACUGUGAGAACGAGGACGGUGAUAGUGAAGAAUGUAAUGAAAACCCAGGUGAUAGCAGUCCAGAUUCCUCAAGUGAGUUGAUUAACGACAGGAGUAGUGUUACUGGUUGUACAGCGAAAACAACUAACCCGAAGAAAAUGGAUGAGAUGAAACGCAAUUGUGACGGUGGAGAGCAAUCGGAAACUGAUGAACGUGAGAACUGCAAGGAGACAAUUGAUGACAGUUCAAUGAACAGAAAUGACAUGUCGUUCAGCCCACAAGAUGGAACAGCUAGUUUAGAUAAGAAGUGUACGUGCUGGUCAAAGGUGAAUGACAGUGAAACGAGUAAGUCUUGUUCGUUCUUGAACAAUUCAUUCGAUAACAAAUUAGAUUCGCCACCAGUCGACACAAAAAGACAUGAAACGGUUACUGAGAGGCCAAACACAACCAAAAAAAGACAAUUAAGCGGAAGUAGAUGCAAUCUGAGGAAAAUAUUUUCUCUGCCUUCCAUGAAGGUUCCAUUAGAAAAUAAUACCCCUCGAAAACCGCCGUCUUUGGUCCCUAUGAAACAUAUUAGAAACUCGGCAGAAGGUCGCAAGAUGCGGGUGAAAAUGUCGAACGUUACGAAAUCUCGAAAAUUUGUCAGAAACCAGAAUAACAUUAAAAAGGCACUUUCAUUGCCUCGUAUGAGAAUGUCCGCGGAAUCUUCGCGGAAGUCUUCUUCCAAUGUGAUUCCACUUCGUCAUUUGCGAAGGAGACGCGAAGAGAUCCGUAUAACGUUUUCACUGUUAGUGGUCAUUAUUGUAUUUUUCGUAUCUUGGUUACCAUUUUGCAUUACGAUGUUGUGUAGUUUAUACUUGGAAUAUGAAGUACCCAGAGAAGCCGAUAUAGCAUCGCUAUUUUGUGGCUACGCCAACAGUUGCUUUAAUCCAUUGAUAUACGGCUUAAUGAAUAAGAGAUUUAGUGACGCUUAUAAAGACUUGUUCAAAUUUUUGUUUUGUCGUAAAUGUACUAAAAAAAUAACAAAACACAAACAAUAAAGGACAAUGAGAAUUUAGCAAAUAAACAAACUAACUUUUAAAAAAAACGAAGAAAUGGUGACCCAAAGAAUAUGAAAGAAAUCAAUUUUUCUUUCCGAUUUCUUACAUAAAAUAGUUUCCAUUUUUGUUGUCUCUCAUUAAUGACUUUCGUUCGAUAAAAGGUGAAGACCAAACUGACAGUAGACAGACAGUCUGUAGUUGGUAGUACUCGCCAUCUUAAGGCAUGUCUUAUAAUGUUCUAUAAAGAGGUGUCUUCUGCAAACACCAGUUUCUCGACGACGUAUUAUUAUUAUUUAAAAUAAUAAUUAUUAGUACUAAAAGUUUUUUUUUUGGUGAUAUCCAAAAUUUAGUACUGCACCGAUCAAAAUAAAAUCUACUUAAAGUUUGGCUUGACACUUUUGUUUUGGGAAUCUAAAGUAUCUGAACCAGAAAUGAAGAGCCAUUAUUUCAGUCAAUUCUAGUCUCUUUUCUAAUUAAAAAAAAAAUCAAA